ACGCGCUACUGUGAGAUCGUGUGUUGUGUGCGGUAAGGAAGAAGAAACAUAAAACAGCUUAUAACGCGCAAAUACUAAGUGGAAAAAAUAUUCCGGAACAUUCGCUACUAAUCGGUACCGCAAAGUCCGUGCCAGCCGUUUGCCACCAUCCGCUAAGCGACUGUUGUCUCGGGUGUGCGCCUGUAGUCGAGUGUUUCUAGAUUUCCCGCUUGGCGCUCCGCUUGCAUUCUCCGUCGCACGAUGGCGUCAACAGCGAAAAAGGCGAAGAAGUCCGUGGACGCUCUGGAGGACGAGUCGGUGGCACUGGAGGCGGUCGACAGUUGCCAGAACGAUAUCGACGCUCUGAAUGAGAAGGCCAGCGAGGAAAUACUGAAGGUGGAGCAGAAGUACAACGCUCUGCGCAAACCGUACUACACGAAGCGCAACGACAUGAUCAAACGCAUUCCAAACUUCUGGGUGACGGCCAUUGUCAACCAUCCACAAAUUUCCGGCAUCCUCGAGGAGGAGGAAGAGGAGUGCUUACAGUUUAUGGAAAAGCUCGAGGUGGAAGAGUUUGAUGACAUCAAGAGCGGGUACCGGAUUCACUUCCAUUUCGAGGAGAAUCCGUACUUUGAAAACAAGGUCAUCACGAAGGAGUUCAACUUGGGCUCGAGUGGCGAAAGUCCCGUUUCGUCCAGCACGGCGAUCAAAUGGAAACCGGAUCAUGAUCUGACGAAGUCGCUGCCGAAGAAGCUGACCGAUGUUCGGCGGAAACGCCGCCUGGAGUAUCGGACGUUUUUCGAUUGGUUCACCGAUAACAACGAUCCAAUCAACGAUGACAUCGCUGAGCUGAUUAAGGACGAUCUGUGGCCAAAUCCGCUCCAGUACUACCUGGUUCCGGACGUUGAGGUGGAACAGGAGGACGAUGACGAGGACGGCGAAGGCUGCGAAGAGUUUGGCGAAGAGGCGGACGGCUCAGAAGACGACGAGGUAGAGGAUGAGGAAGAAAAGACAUCCUAGAAAAAAUCCGGUGGUGUCGACCACAUCUAAUAUAGUCGGACGCCUGCUGCGAUUCCUUGCGGGCAUAACUGGUCUUAUUUUGCUGCAUGAAGCCACUUUUCCGCAAUUUUCACUAUCGCAUUUUUUUCUGCAGCUUCUGUAGCUCACAUUUUUUUGCUUCGAUACUCAAGCCACUAUUAUCAAGACAGGAGAAAGGGAUUGACGAAGCAGAAACAGAGACAGUCCAUCCCCAUGUCCAAUGGUGUAUCGUUCCUUUGCUUCCCUAUUUGAAUUCAAAAACUAUUCUUCCUUUGAUUGCUGAAUCAGAGCCGGCAGGAGAAUGUUUCGGCAUCGUUAUCACUCAUAACGGAAAUCUGUUCAAUCCCUCAAAAUGUGCGAAAUAUACCGUCUUUGAUGAAUCGCAGUA